AUUUUUGUUGAAUGAUUAAGUGGUCCAUGUAGCUUGAAUUAUUUUGGUCUUAUCAGUGAAAUUAUUUCUUUUUUAACGAUGAAGUUUUUACUUUGGAUGUCAAUUUUUGCGAUAGUUGUGAAAUUUGGAUCGUUGCAAACUGUUUUGCCUGAUUUUGAUGAAGCAAAUUAUGAAGACAGUAAUGAGAUAACAGCUGACCCGCAAAAUUGUAAUGAUUCUGUGAAGUCGAAGGUCGAUGAACUAAUUGACAUGGUGAAAACUUUUCGUAAGGAGUUUACAUACCAGAAUGCAGAAAUUAAGCAUAUACAGACAUUGAUUGAAAAUUGUGUAUCGUGUAAAAUUGGUCCGGAAGUUGAAUCUUGUUUAACAGCGAAUCCAUGUUUCCCUGAAGUUGAAUGUCAUGAUACGGAUACUGGAAUUAUUUGUGCGAAGUGUCCAAGGAACUACGAAGGAGAUGGCAGAACCUGUACAUUGAGGAGAAAUCCUUGUGAAAAUAAUCCAUGUAAUGAUGGCUUCCAGUGCCUUCAAACCGAUGACAUGCCAUAUUAUAGAUGUUCUCCAUGUCCUCCAGGAUUUACUUCAAUAGACGGCUAUAACUGCAUUGAUAUCGACGAAUGUCAAACAAUUCAUCCAUGUGAUCCAAUGGUUCGAUGCUCUAAUUUGUCACCAGGUUUUCGAUGUGAUCCAUGUCCAAUUGGAUUUAGUGGACAUUAUUCUGAAGGCUUUUAUUUGGAAGCAAUUACUGAUCAUACAUUCCAAAGACAAAUUUGUCAGGACAUUGAUGAAUGUCGUGAUAGAUCUGCAAGAUGUGGAAAUAAUGCAAUAUGUCGCAAUACUUUAGGCUCAUACGAAUGCUUCUGUCCAAAAGGAUAUAUCAAAUCAAAUGUCACAAGUGAUUGCUUUCUCCCCAUAGGAGCAUGUCCAGAUGGAACAAUUUGUGACAAGAACGCAGUUUGUCGUUACUUUAAUGGACGAUAUACAUGUAAGUGUAAAGUAGGAUAUGCUGGCGAUGGAAAAAAUUGUGGAACUGAUCGGGAUCUUGAUGGAUGGCCUGAUGUUGAUUUGGGAUGUGCUAGUCAAUUAUGUAGACAAGACAAUUGUCCAUCCAUACCAAAUUCGGGACAGGAAGACACUGAUAAUGAUGGAAUUGGAGAUGUUUGUGAUUUGGAUAUUGAUGACGAUGGAAUCUACAACGUAAAUGACAAUUGUGUGUAUGUUUACAAUCCAAAUCAAUCAGAUGUUGAUGGAGAUAAAGUUGGUGAUAGAUGUGAUAACUGUCCUCAAACUGCAAAUGGAGAUCAACUGGAUGUUGAUGGUGAUGGAUUAGGUGAUUCUUGUGAUCCAGACAUUGAUAAUGAUGGAAUCUUAAAUGAAAAUGAUAAUUGUCCAAAAAUUGCAAAUAGAGAUCAAAGAGAUUCUGAUAUGGAUAAAGUUGGAGAUGUUUGUGACAACUGUCCAGUAACACCAAACAUGGACCAAAAGGACUCUGAUGCGGACUUGAUUGGAGAUGCCUGUGACAACAACAGAGACCGUGACGAUGAUGGCAUUCAAGACAAUAAGGAUAACUGCCCUGACGUACAGAAUGCUGACCAAUCAGACACUGAUGGUGAUGGAUUUGGAGAUGCUUGUGAUUCUGACAUAGACAACGAUGGAAUUGAAAAUAGUGCAGAUAAUUGCCGAUUUAUUUAUAAUCCAGACCAACAUGAUAUAGACAAGAACGGAAUCGGCGAUGCAUGUGAACAGGACUCUGAUGGUGAUGGAGUUGAGGAUCAUCUUGACAAUUGUCCAAAUAACAACAAGAUUUACACAACUGAUUUUAGAUCAUUCCAACAAGUGCCAUUAGAUCCAGUUGGUGAAUCUCAAAUUGAUCCUAAAUGGGUGAUUUAUAACAAAGGAGCUGAAAUGGUUCAAACAAUGAAUUCAGAUCCGGGACUUGCUAUUGGAUAUGACUCAUUCAGUGGUGUUGACUUUGAAGGAACUUUAUUUGUUGACACAAACAAUGACGAUGACUAUAUUGGAUUUAUUUUCUCAUAUCAAAGCAAUCAUCGAUUCUAUGCUGUCAUGUGGAAACGUAAUGCUCAAGAAUAUUGGCAUAAAGAUCCAUUUACAGCAUAUGCCGAACCUGGAAUUCAAAUUAAAUUAAUUGACUCUAAACAUGGUCCAGGUAAAAGUUUAAGAAACAGCUUAUGGCAUACAGGAACAACACCAAAUGAAACUAAAUUGCUGUGGAAAGAUCCCAAAAAUGUUGGUUGGAAGCAACACACAGCUUACCGUUGGCAUUUGAUUCAUCGUCCUAAAAUUGGUCUCAUUAACAUGAGAAUUUUCAAUGGCAAGAAACUUGUUGUUGAUUCUGGAAAUAUUUAUGAUUCAACUCUUAAAGGAGGACGUCUUGGAAUGUUUGUCUUUUCGCAGGAAAUGAUUAUUUGGAGUAAUUUGAUUUACAGAUGUAAUGAAAAUCUCCCAGCGAAGAUUUACUCAAAGCUUCCACCACAACUCCAAAGAGAAUGUCAAGUUGAGAAGAUUAAAAAUCAAAUGCUGAGAUCGGAGUAGAUUAUUUGUAAAUUCUCUCUCGACCGUGCUUUUAAAAAGAGACGGAUGAAAAUGUUUAAUAAAUAUUUUUUUAAUUUUUAUAAAAGCCA